AUGCCUUCUAAGAAAGCCACCACCGCUGCCCCCAAGAAGGCUACCGCGGCUAGCGCGAACCAUGGCUCCUACAUCGAUAUGGUCAAGGAUGCUAUCAUCAACUUGAAGGAACGUAACGGAUCCAGCCGCCAAGCUAUUCAGAAGUACAUCAAGGCCAACAACGAGGUCUCCAACCUCUCCGAGGCUGCCUUCAAAAGCCACCUCAACCGUGCCAUUUCCUCAGGCGAGGAGAAGGGUGACUUCACACGUCCCAAGGGUGCGUCUGGUACCGUGAAGCUCGCAAAGAAAGAAGCCAAGCCUGCCGCCGCCGCCGCCGCCGCCAAAAAGACCGAGCCUAAGGAGGAGAAGAAGGAGAAGAAGCCUGCUGCUACCAAGGCUAAGACUGCUACCAAGGCCAAGGCUACCGCAACCAAGGUUAAGGCCACCACCAUAAAGAAGACUCCCGCGACAAAGAAGGCUACAACCGCGAAGGCGACCACCACCAAGAAGGCCGCUCCCGCUGCUAAGCCCAAGGCUAACGCCAGCAAGCCUCGCAAGGCUGCCACCACCACCGCCGCCACCACCGCUCCUGCUGUCGAGAAGGAGGUCACACGGGUUCUCGGAAAGACAAAGUCCGGACGCGUAACCAAGACCAAGGCUCCUGAGCCUGCCGCGUCCAAGGCGGCACCAAAGAAGAAGGCUGCCGCCGCGAAGGCCACCACAAAGAAGACGACACCGAAGAAGGCAUGA